UAUGCACAACACAUACAUGUGUAUAUGCAUUACGUACAAUACAAGAAUGUUGAAAGUCUAUAUGCAAUUCUAUAUCAAUGUAUUGGUGCUAAAGAAGAAAUUCAGCAUAUUCAUGAAGAGGAAAAAUUCCCGUCUUAUAUUAUGUAUCGUAUUAGCCGGCGACUGUUCACAUACACACAUAUCGUAUGUGUACCUGUACAUAUAUGCUUGUUAUGUGUUCGCUCGAUCUUCGUCAAUCUUCGUUUCAAUGACAUACUUGCUUACUUUCUGCACACACAACACACGGUUGUAUAGUCUGCGCUUCGAUUUCAAUUUAAUUCAAGAGCUUGAAUGCUGGAAAAACAUUAUGUGUGGUUGAAGUUUUAGUAGCUCACUGCUUGCGCAGCAUUUAUCUGCAGACUUUGAUAUUGAGCGGACACAGCUCCGUGGUAUUCUGACUAUAAUGGUUUAACAUAAAGUUAGUGAACCUAGUUACAUGUUUGAGACGGUAGGCUCCGUGAAUAUUUACUGAAAAUAUUGAAUCAACAAAAAACUAUUGAUUAAAAUAAAAACUCAAAUCACAACUAUACAUCCGAUGUGAUAAGCAAAAAAUAAAGUUUUGAAACUAUCUAAUGGAUAAUAGCUCGUUGACAUUGUUUACGACAUUCAGAUUGAAAUCUUUUAGAAAAUAUUGAAUAACAUGAAUUGUGUGGGUUAUAGUGCAUACCUUAACCAAGUAUAAAAUGAUAGAAGAGUGCUAUACCUUGAUCAUGUUCAAAUUUAUGUACCUAUAAUCUAUCAUUGGUAAAUAAUGAUACCAAUAUUUAUUUGAUUUUGGUGCUGUGAAAUUUUGCGAAUUGAAUAUUUAUUUGAAUUUUUUGGAAACUGUUGUUGAUAUUUUCUUGUUCGAUCAUCAUGGAUCGAUCAAAACAGUGGAUAAUAUACGUAUUUCUAUUUUCAUCAUUGCAACCAAUUAUUGCCAACACUGGAGACAACACUUUCCGUGGAUUUAUUUCAUACCAAGACUUGCAUCAAACGUCUGACCGUUUCACAGACAAAGAUGUAACAUCCUUUUCACGAUUUUUAUUUGAUGUUUCGCGUAAUCAAAUAAUUGUUGGUGCCCGGGACGCAUUGUAUCGUCUAUCAUUUUCGUUGAACUUGUAUGAAAAACGUCUAUGGGAAGCUACUGAUGCAAUUGUUGAAAUGUGCAAAACGAAAGGUGCUAGUGAUUCAGAUUGUCAUAAUUAUGUAAUGGUAUUGCAAAGCUUCGGAAAUCAAUUAUAUGCGUGUGGAACAUAUGCAUUUAGUCCACAGUGUUCGUGGCGUCAAAUGGAUAAUUUGAAUAUCACAAAAUUGGAUAAAGGCGUAGCAAAAUGUCCAUUCAAUCCACAUGCAAAUAUCACAACAUUGAUGACGGAUAACGGUAAAUUAUUUAUUGGCUCAACAACGGAUUUCCAACAAACGGAUCCAGCCAUUUUGCGGGCAGAUAUUUCCAAAGAUAAAGAAGACAACAGAAUAUUACGAACAGACCAAUACAAUUCAAAAUGGUUGAACUCACCACAAUUCGUUGGAAGCUUCGAAGCAGGUGAUUUCGUAUACUUCGUAUUCCGUGAGGCAGCCGUUGAGUAUAUCAAUUGUGGAAAAAUUAUUUAUUCGCGCAUCGCACGUGUUUGCAAAUCAGAUCCAGGUGGACAGAGAGGUAGCAGAGAUAAUUGGACGUCAUUUGCAAAGGCACGUUUGAACUGUUCGCUACCGGGUGAAUAUCCGUUUUACUUUAAUGAAGUCCAAGGCAUUCAAUACUCAAUGGAAGAAAGCACUUUGUUUGCAACAUUUACAACACCAGUGAACAGCAUUCACGGUUCAGCUAUUUGCGCCUUCAAUUUAUCUUCGAUAAAUUCAGCAUUCAACGGUGCAUUUAAACACCAAGAAACCGCGUCUUCAACAUGGGAACGUAAAGAAUUGGAGCAUCGUAAUCAAUUUGAAUGUAAAUUUAGUCCGAUUUCAUCAAUGCGUCAUGAUUUACUAAUGGGCUCACAUCGAUUUCAAUUGAUGGAUGAGUCAGUGCAGCCCAUCACAAUGGAACCACUGUUUAUGUCUGCAUUGGAGAGAUUCAAUCAUAUCGCUCUCGAUACAGUAGCAACUAAGAUGCACAACAAAUUGCAAGUUUUAUAUAUAUCGACACAAGACAAUUUAAUUAAAAAAUUGUCGAUAUUGCCACGGAAGAGGGAAACGUGCGUUAUUGAAAUUUGGCAGCCAGAGGUUGAGAAGAACUCAAAAAUUUUGACUUUGCAAUAUUUGAAGCAAACAGAAUCGUUGUAUAUCGGAACCGAACAUUCUGUACUUCGAAUUCCAUCAAACCAUUGCAGUCGCCACUUAUCACGAUUAAAUUGCUUAAACGCCAUGGAUCCAUACUGUGGCUGGAAUGACUUACAACAAGAGUGUACACCUCCUCCUGAUGGCGAACCAUUAAAACGGUUUUGGUUCCAACAAGCCAACGAGUGCCCACUUGUAACUGCUCCGAUUGACGGUGGUUUUUCGGCUUGGAGUGAAUGGUUUAAAUGCAAUCAACAUACGGACGAUCAUCGUCAUGAAUCGAGUAAUCUUGAUUCAUGCCUAUGUCGAACAAGAGUUUGCAAUAACCCUUCACCAGGUCAAGGGGGUUUGCCAUGCACCGGCACAACUAUUAGUGUUACCAAUUGUACCGUACAUGGUAAAUGGAGUGAAUGGAGUGCUUGGAGUGCAUGUUCUCAAACAUGCGGUAUCGCUGUAAAAAGCCGUCGAAGAUACUGUGGAAGUCCUGAACCCAGUUUUGGCGGUAGGACCUGUGUCGGUCCAGAUCGUCUGGAAAUGUAUUGUACAAAUCUGCCACCAUGUCCAGAACCUAGAAAGUCGAUAGAUGGAGGAUGGGGACCUUUUGGUGCUUGGUCUGAAUGUUCUCAACCAUGUGGGGCUGGUUUUCGUUUUCGACGCAGAAUAUGCAAUGAUCCGAUUCCAGACGGUGGACUUGAUUGUCCCGGAUGUGCCAUUGAUUAUGAAUUAUGCAAUACACAACCUUGCCCUGAACUGCAACGCCUUGGACCAUGGACACCUUGGCUACAGCGAAUCAGUAGCAAUGUUAGCAUUGGAGAACAUUUAGAGAAACGUUUUCGAUAUAUGUGCAAGCUUAAUGGAACAGACGCAAACAGCAUAAAAGUGUUUAAAGCUAAAGAGGAAAGUCGGAUUUGCGUUUCAGACGGAUCGUGUCAUCGUAUUAGCGAUGAAAACAAUGAUUUAGGUUUCAGUGAAUGGUCUUCAUGGAGCACUUGUACAAAAUUGUGUGGAGGGGGCCAACAAUUCCGCACCAGAAUAUGUUCUCGAACGGAACGGAAUAGCUGUGAAGGAUCGACGAAAAUGACCAGAGUUUGUAAUACUCGGCCAUGCGAAGACAGUGGAUCUUGGAGUGAUUGGUCGCCGUGCAAUGUUGAUGGAGAGCGAUCUAGGACACGGAGGGUCUUAUCUUUGGAUGCCGAUUCAAAUAAGUGUGAAGAAAAAGAAAUUGAAAUACGAUCUUGCACUUCCUACCUAAACGAUCUAUCAACCGCUGGAAAUGCAUCAACAUACUUUUUGUUUUUAUUUAUAGUUUUAUUAUGUGGUUCAAAUAGUUUUAUUUACGUUUAUAUGAAAAAACGAUAUGGUCAUCAAAGAGAAAUCAAAAACAUUGGUUCGCCGUGUUUUGACUCUUUUCCAAAUCAAUAUUCUAGCUUGCCAACAAAAGAAGAUCGCCCAAGAAUGAAGCAACAGUCGUCGUUCAUCGGUUCAGGCGGAUCAAGCGUAAGGCUGUUGUCAAAUGGUCAUGGAACGCUAACUAAAUCAAAUAACGUCAACGGUCAUCAAACGCCAAAAGUAUUGUCAAAAUGUUUUGCUGAAAUUGACACAGCGACAAUUAAGCGAAAUUCCCACGGGCUUAAUAACAUUCGUCCGCUCCGCACUGUAGAUGACGAUAAGUUUUAGUUUUAAUUGCUAACAGAAAGUCUGAUAUCUUAGAAACUUGGGGGUAAAAUCAUUUUUUUCAUCUUUUAUAUCCGCACGCAUCAAGUAAUAACUUAGAAAUUCAAUGGUAUGCAUGUAAAUCCGAAAUAUCCAUGUAUAUUCAACAAUAUUCAUCGUGAACGACAAAUGAAUAUUACUGAAUAUACAUAGAUAUUUCAAAUUUACGUGUAUACGUAUGAAAAAUAAAAAUAGUGGCAAAUAAUAGUGAAUCAAACCUUCAACCAUAAAUUUGAACGAUUUUGGUAGAUAACGGUGAAUAUUGGAACAUUUUUCGACAUUACGUCUAAUGAAUAUUAUUAAAUAUACAUAGAUAUUUGAGAUUGACGUGCAUACCAGUAAAUUAGUGCAGAUUAUAUAGUCGAAAAAUGUUCCAAUAUUCACCGUAAUCCACCAAAAUCCUUCGAAAGUGGUUCAAAUUUUCGGUUGAAGGUUUGAUUCACUAUUAUUUUUAUUUUUUCAGAGUUAUUUGCGUUCUGCAAAAUCACGUGAAGCCUCUAGCUUAGAAAGAUAGAAAACUAAAUGCGAACAAUUUAUAUAUCUAACAAUAGUUUCUUUAGGACUAACGAGCCUGUGAUUCAUUCGAGAGCAAAACUUUUACAUCAUUUAACUGCCAGUUUAAUGAAUAUUUACAGAAUAGAAAAUAAACAAAAAAGUAAAAGGAUUUAAAAAAAAUAUAAUUAAACAAAACAUGAACAUGAUAAAAACUGCUAAUUGAUCCCUUGUUUUGCCUUUCAAAGCAAUCAAAAUUAAUCAACAAUUUGUGCCAUCCAAAAUUUUCCAUAAGUUCUGAAUAUUACUUACUCAGAAGAUAUUGAAUGCAUGUCAUCAUCAUGCGCCAUGCAUUGUGUCAUGUAUUUUAUCAGUAUUAUUGUAGCUCAUAUUGAGCAUGCCCGUCCCAUAAUAUAAACUAAAAAAACAUACUCUCAUAUCAGCCAGAAUAAAGUUGAAAACUAAUUUUGGAUAGAUA